AUGUCGUCACCUUUUACGGAAGUACCGGACAGCAACACGCUCUUCAAGGACACUGAGUUCAUCGCAAGUAAUCAAGAUGUGGCAGAUCAGUGGGUGUCCAUUCGCGACCUGUAUCCGAGCGGCGUGAACCAGCCGCUGCUGCCCGAAGUAUUCUCGCGCGAGCAGUUCGGUCAGGGUAACCACUAUGAAUGCUUCAUGCUCUCGGCACUUGCACCGCUGAUCCGCUUUCCGGAUGUGAUCCGCAACUGCUUUGUGACGAAGAAGGUGCGCCAGGAUGGCCGCUACACGUUCCAGUUCUUCCGCGGACAGGAGUGGGUGAAGGUCGAGAUCGACGACACCAUUCCUUUAGAGGAUAAUGCAGUUCUGUACGCGCGGUCCCCGACUGAGCACUGGUGGCCGCUGCUGCUGGAGAAGGCGUACGCGAAGUUCUACACGGCCUACGACCACCUCGAGGGCUGCACAUUGCAGGAGACAUUCCACGACCUGACAGGCAACCCGGUGCUGAACAUCCCCAUGAACGCCAAGCUGGCCAAGGCGGCCGGCGUCAAUACUAAAGAUGGACUUUACUGGUUGUCGAUGGGUGAAUGCCUGCUACGCGGCGACCACGUCUUGUCUGCCCUCACGACGGAUGCAGACCUAGAAAGCAUCGGCAUGCAGUCGGAGCAGCAAUACGCAAUUCUAGGUAUCUUCUCCCUUACAGGAUCGUCCGCACUGGACGACAUCGUUAUUCAUCUGCACAACCCUUUCGAGGACGAUGAGUACGAGUAUAGCGGGCCCUUAAACAAGAAGGACAGCAAGUGGACAGCGAAGCUGCGGCAGCAAUACCCCGUGGACGACCGCUAUUCCAUCUUUAUUCCGCUGAAGUUGUUUCUGAAAUCCAUGAACUCCAUCCAGCACUGCUUUAUGCGCACCAUAGAUGCUGUGUCGCAAACGUACAGCGCCGCCUGGGAGGGUGAGUCGGCCGGCGGCAACCCGACCUUCGUCACGUGGCGCAAGAACCCGCUCUUCCUGGUGCGAAACAGCGGCCCGACGGAGCUCAAGAUAGUAACGAUGAUACAGCAGGAAGACCAGCGCCGCUUGUCCAGCCCGGAUAGCGACACAUCUUACGCUCAGUGUGGUGUCGUCGUGACCCGCUUCACCUACCAGCAGCCGAUCCCGACCUUCUGCGUCACCGGAAACAGCCACAAGACAAUCUUCAAGGGCCUCUUCCUCAACUCGCGCGAGGUGGCGAAUGCCAUUACGAUUCCGGGCCACUCCAUGUGCUACCUUGUCCCCUCCUGCAUGCAAAAAGGCGUUGAGGCUCGCUUUCAGUUAUCGCUGUACCACUUCAAGGAUCAAGACUAUUCGCAGCUCUCAGUAGAGCCGCUGUCCAUCCCUGGCAUGAACUGGGUCAACUGCGCCACCAAGAACGUAGAGCUGUGCCAGAAGGAAAAGGACCGUGUUGACUUCUACGUCGAUGAAGGGACAGAUAUCCACAUCCUCAUGCACCAAACAAAGCCCUAUGUCAGCAAGUCCGGCGGCGACGCCAUGACCGAGGACUACAUGGGCAUGUACCUCUACGACGACACGGACCGCAAGAUAGCCGGCGUGCACGCUGCCACGAACUUCCGCGAGAUUAGCAUCAUCCACCGCCUCCCCCGCAGCGGUCGCUAUGCCAUCUCCAUCACGUGCCCGCGCGCGAAGGGCGAGGUGCCGGCUUACAUCACCAUCGUUGGCUCGCAUGCCUCGAACGUACGUAUCGUCGACCCACCAGAGGAUGCCACGAUGUUCGACGAUGAGGACAUCAUCGACGAAGGCGACGACGCCGCCCUCGUGGACAACCCGAUCGACUACGCCCCCGUUGUAUUCGAUGUGGCGCACCACGAUGAGCAGGCCGAAAGCGAUUCCCCGUUCGAGGACAAGCGCUUCUACGUGGACAACCGUGGCGCCACGAGCGAGCCAUGGGUGCACAUCGGCGACCUUUACCCGGAAGGCAAGACGAGGCCGCUGCUGCCGAACGAGCUGAGCCGCGACCAGUUCGGGCAGGGCGACCACUACGACUGCAGUACGCUGACGGCGUUCGCGGCACUGCUGGAACACCACCCCGACGUGAUCCGCAACUGCUUCAUCUCGAAGAACCCGCGCAAGGACGGCCGCUACACGUUCCAGUUCCACCGCUACGGGCAGUGGAUCAAGGUGGAGAUCGACGACCGCAUUCCGAUGGUGAAGGGCGACACGGUGUUUUGCCGCUCGCCGACGCACCACUGGUGGCCGCUGCUGCUGGAGAAGGCGUACGCGAAGUUCUACAUGCGUUAUGAGAACCUCGAGGGCAUUUCGCAGGAAGAGGUCUUCCACGACUAUACAGGUCAGCCCUGCGUCUCUGUGUCGACUGACCCGGCGGCGGCGAAGGUGAACAUGUCCUACUUCGACGAGGUGCCUUACUGGAAGGAGCUGGCUAGCAAGUUGCCGGACUUGUGCACGACUGCGCUGGCCAGCGGCCGAGAGGCGGAGCAGUACGGUUUGUUGAAGGAACGGUAUUACGCGGUGCUGGAUAUUGUAUCGAUAGCAAACGGGGAACGGGUUCGUGACAUGCUUGUGAAGAUGUACAACCCGUAUGAGGGCUCGCCGUACACGGGGCCAAUGAACGCCAAGGACGACGCGUGGACUAGUGAGCUGCAGAGCAGGUUUCGACCUGGGGACGAUAGCCACGCUUUCUACAUCCCUGCCACCAACUUUGUGACGGCGUUCUCGGCGAUGCAGAUGGGCUACGUUGGUGGCCUUGCGGAGCCUUCUCGGCACUUCAACAGCGAGUGGGGCUCGGGCACCAAUGGCGGGGACACGUCCCUCAUAUCAUGGCGCGAGAACCCCUUGUUCAUUUUUUCGAACCCGACAAACGACAUUGUUCAGGUUGUGGCGAUGCUGCGUCAGCCGGAUCAGCGACACUUGCGGCACGCCAUGCCUAACCAUGAGCUGGUCUAUCCCAUGAAAGGUCUCUCUGUCGCCCAGGCAAACCCCAGCGCUGAAGGCAUUCCAACACACCUAGUCACGUUCGAUAAUCACCGUCUUAUUCACCGCGAGGAGCCGGUAGCAGUGCGCGAGGUAGCCAACGUGCUGACGAUUCCGCCACAGUCGGUGUGCUACGUCGCUGGGCACUGCAACAACCGCGCAGUUAGCAAAUUUCUGCUCUCCUACUGGUUCAUGCGGGGCGAGGAUGCCGAGAAGCUGCGCAUCGAACGCUACCGCCCAAAGGUGACGCAGCACCAACCGGCAAUCGCGCACGUCGAUCUCGGCAACCGCGCAAGCGAACGGGUCGAUUUUUUGAUCGACACACCGACGGAGGUACAUGCGUUACUUCGACAGGAGAAGGCGUUCGAGUCUCAUCAGGGUGGUGACGUGAUCGCCCAAGACUAUGUUGGCGUCUACUUGUACGAUCUGCAGAACAAUCGCAUCAAGGGACUUCCGUCCGCCAUGAACUACCGCGAGGUGAGUCUCGUGACGCACCUCAAGACACCGGGCCACUAUGUCUUCUUUAUUACCUGCCCCCGCAGUAACGGUGGCGUGCCAUGCAAGGUGGAGAUCGCUGCCCAAGAGGAGGCGCACGCGCGCAUCACAGAGGCGCCGCAGAAUGCAGCCCCUCUGAGCACGCUGGACAUGGCCUUCCUCGACGCGCACCCGGAAAGUAUUCCACUAUCGGAGUUGCCCAUUGACAGGGAUAUCCCGUUCCAGGACGACUUGGCCGCACUCGAACGCCUCCUCAGUGACCCAUCUGCGAGCGCGGAGGAGAUUCAACGCCUCAAGGAUCGCCUUAACGAGCGGGCGCAUGCUCUGGCGAAGGCAAUACUGACCAGUGAGCAGCCAAUCUACUUGACAUGCCACGACCUUCAUGCACUCAACCCGCUGCUCAACGACGAUCAGGCGUACAUGGACGCGGAACGCGAGCGGUACUACCUCAAACAGGAUCCGCGCAAUCAUUACAAGUUGCCUGCGCAGGAGGCGAAGCUGCGCAGCAUCGCCGACAACAUCGCUGACGAGCUUCUCCAUGUCGACCUCUCUUUCAUCGAUGCACGCCCAGAGGGCAUCCCACGUGACGCGAUUCCAAUGAGCUCUGACAAGGCAUUCGCCGAGAUGACGACAGAACUGCUGCGUCUACGGCGCCGUCCGGAGAAGAAUCCAUCAGCCAUUCGUGACGUUGAGCACCGCCUUGGCAAACGAGCAGCAGAAAUAGCUCGAGCGAUGCACGAUGCCGAGCGCACCUACCUCGAUCAGCACCCGGAGUACGUGCCUCUCGAAUUGUUACCGCUUAACACAGAUGAGCGCUUCUGCGCCGACGAGGACGAGCUCAGACAGCUGCUUCGCUCGUCCUCCGCUGAUCAAAACACUGUCACCGCCUUGCAAGCCAAGCUGAACAAACACGCUCAUGAAUUGGCGCAGCAGCUGAAGGAUGGCGAGCGUGGCAAGCUCCUGGCCGACUCGUACGAGGGCGUACCGACGUCGGAGCUGCCACUCGACACGGAUGCUGCUUUCCACGAGAUGGAGGUGGAGCGGCUGCGCCGCGUGCGCACUGGCACCGGUGCGGAUGCGGAGGUUGCGCGUCUGGAGGGCGAGAUGCGGAAUCGCGCGCGUGAGCUGGCUGUGUCGAAGAAGGCGAACGAGCGAGUGAUACUGCGGGGCAUGGAGAUACCGCUGACGGCGGGGCAGCUGGACGCUCUACUGGACAAGGACGCGGAGACUGCUGACAUGGAGCGGAGGCUGCGUGAGCUGCGAAAGAACCCGGACAAGAACGCUACGGCGAUCAAGGCGCUGGAGAAGGAGGUACAGAAACGUGCGCAGGAGCUCGCUGACGGGCAUCUUGCCGAGGAGCGUUCCAAGUAUUUGGCGGCAGAGUACGGAGGCCGUGCGAUAGGGACACUUCCGCUGGGUGACGACGCUGCGUACCGUGAUGCGGAGGCUGCGUACAUGAAGAUGCUCGAGUCUGGUCACGCAGACCCUGCUGCGCUACAGCGGCUGAUGGACACAAUGAACGAGCGUGCGGCGGGCAUUGCCCACGACAUAAACGUCGCUGACCGUGCCCAGUACGUGCCAAAGGCUCUGCGCGGUGUGCCUCUGCGGGCACUGCCGCUGGACGAUGACGCCGAGUUUCGGCGCUUGGAGCACGAGCGUGCGCGCGCGGCGUGCACGCCUGGCCACAAGGCCGAGGUCGCAGCUCUGGAGGCGCAGCUUCUUGCCCGCGCGGACGAGUUGGCACGGGCUCGACUUGCGGGCGACCGCGCGUAUCUUGCGCCGGAGCCGGCGGGGAUUCCUCUAGAGCUGGUGCCGCUAGACGAGGAUGCCGAGUUCUGCGCGAAGGAGGCGCAGCGCGCGGAGCUCAAGGAGAGCGGGCAGACCGACCGGAGCGGCAUAGCGCUCAGGGAGACGGAGCUGAACGCGCGUGCCGUAGAGGUUGCGCAGCAGCUGAAGGAUGGCGAGCGUGGCAAGCUCCUGGCCGACUCGUACGAGGGCGUACCGACGUCGGAGCUGCCACUCGACACGGAUGCUGCUUUCCACGAGAUGGAGGUGGAGCGGCUGCGCCGCGUGCGCACUGGCACCGGUGCGGAUGCGGAGGUUGCGCGUCUGGAGGGCGAGAUGCGGAAUCGCGCGCGUGAGCUGGCUGUGUCGAAGAAGGCGAACGAGCGAGUGAUACUGCGGGGCAUGGAGAUACCGCUGACGGCGGGGCAGCUGGACGCUCUACUGGACAAGGACGCGGAGACUGCUGACAUGGAGCGGAGGCUGCGUGAGCUGCGAAAGAACCCGGACAAGAACGCUGCGGCGAUCAAGGCGCUGGAGAAGGAGGUACAGAAACGUGCGCAGGAGCUCGCUGACGGGCAUCUUGCCGAGGAGCGUUCCAAGUAUUUGGCGGCAGAGUACGGAGGCCGUGCGAUAGGGACACUUCCGCUGGGUGACGACGCUGCGUACCGUGAUGCGGAGGCUGCGUACAUGAAGAUGCUCGAGUCUGGUCACGCAGACCCUGCUGCGCUACAGCGGCUGAUGGACACAAUGAACGAGCGUGCGGCGGGCAUUGCCCACGACAUAAACGUCGCUGACCGUGCCCAGUACGUGCCAAAGGCUCUGCGCGGUGUGCCUCUGCGGGCACUGCCGCUGGACGAUGACGCCGAGUUUCGGCGCUUGGAGCACGAGCGUGCGCGCGCGGCGUGCACGCCUGGCCACAAGGCCGAGGUCGCAGCUCUGGAGGCGCAGCUUCUUGCCCGCGCGGACGAGUUGGCACGGGCUCGACUUGCGGGCGACCGCGCGUAUCUUGCGCCGGAGCCGGCGGGGAUUCCUCUAGAGCUGGUGCCGCUAGACGAGGAUGCCGAGUUCUGCGCGAAGGAGGCGCAGCGCGCGGAGCUCAAGGAGAGCGGGCAGACCGACCGGAGCGGCAUAGCGCUCAGGGAGACGGAGCUGAACGCGCGUGCCGUAGAGGUUGCGCAGCAGCUGAAGGAUGGCGAGCGUGGCAAGCUCCUGGCCGACUCGUACGAGGGCGUACCGACGUCGGAGCUGCCACUCGACACGGAUGCUGCUUUCCACGAGAUGGAGGUGGAGCGGCUGCGCCGCGUGCGCACUGGCACCGGUGCGGAUGCGGAGGUUGCGCGUCUGGAGGGCGAGAUGCGGAAUCGCGCGCGUGAGCUGGCUGUGUCGAAGAAGGCGAACGAGCGAGUGAUACUGCGGGGCAUGGAGAUACCGCUGACGGCGGGGCAGCUGGACGCUCUACUGGACAAGGACGCGGAGACUGCUGACAUGGAGCGGAGGCUGCGUGAGCUGCGAAAGAACCCGGACAAGAACGCUACGGCGAUCAAGGCGCUGGAGAAGGAGGUACAGAAACGUGCGCAGGAGCUCGCUGACGGGCAUCUUGCCGAGGAGCGUUCCAAGUAUUUGGCGGCAGAGUACGGAGGCCGUGCGAUAGGGACACUUCCGCUGGGUGACGACGCUGCGUACCGUGAUGCGGAGGCUGCGUACAUGAAGAUGCUCGAGUCUGGUCACGCAGACCCUGCUGCGCUACAGUGGCUGAUGGACACAAUGAACGAGCGUGCGGCGGGCAUUGCCCACGACAUAAACGUCGCUGACCGUGCCCAGUACGUGCCAAAGGCUCUGCGCGGUGUGCCUCUGCGGGCACUGCCGCUGGACGAUGACGCCGAGUUUCGGCGCUUGGAGCACGAGCGUGCGCGCGCGGCGUGCACGCCUGGCCACAAGGCCGAGGUCGCAGCUCUGGAGGCGCAGCUUCUUGCCCGCGCGGACGAGUUGGCACGGGCUCGACUUGCGGGCGACCGCGCGUAUCUUGCGCCGGAGCCGGCGGGGAUUCCUCUAGAGCUGGUGCCGCUAGACGAGGAUGCCGAGUUCUGCGCGAAGGAGGCGCAGCGCGCGGAGCUCAAGGAGAGCGGGCAGACCGACCGGAGCGGCAUAGCGCUCAGGGAGACGGAGCUGAACGCGCGUGCCGUAGAGGUUGCGCAGCAGCUGAAGGAUGGCGAGCGUGGCAAGCUCCUGGCCGACUCGUACGAGGGCGUACCGACGUCGGAGCUGCCACUCGACACGGAUGCUGCUUUCCACGAGAUGGAGGUGGAGCGGCUGCGCCGCGUGCGCACUGGCACCGGUGCGGAUGCGGAGGUUGCGCGUCUGGAGGGCGAGAUGCGGAAUCGCGCGCGUGAGCUGGCUGUGUCGAAGAAGGCGAACGAGCGAGUGAUACUGCGGGGCAUGGAGAUACCGCUGACGGCGGGGCAGCUGGACGCUCUACUGGACAAGGACGCGGAGACUGCUGACAUGGAGCGGAGGCUGCGUGAGCUGCGAAAGAACCCGGACAAGAACGCUACGGCGAUCAAGGCGCUGGAGAAGGAGGUACAGAAACGUGCGCAGGAGCUCGCUGACGGGCAUCUUGCCGAGGAGCGUUCCAAGUAUUUGGCGGCAGAGUACGGAGGCCGUGCGAUAGGGACACUUCCGCUGGGUGACGACGCUGCGUACCGUGAUGCGGAGGCUGCGUACAUGAAGAUGCUCGAGUCUGGUCACGCAGACCCUGCUGCGCUACAGUGGCUGAUGGACACAAUGAACGAGCGUGCGGCGGGCAUUGCCCACGACAUAAACGUCGCUGACCGUGCCCAGUACGUGCCAAAGGCUCUGCGCGGUGUGCCUCUGCGGGCACUGCCGCUGGACGAUGACGCCGAGUUUCGGCGCUUGGAGCACGAGCGUGCGCGCGCGGCGUGCACGCCUGGCCACAAGGCCGAGGUCGCAGCUCUGGAGGCGCAGCUUCUUGCCCGCGCGGACGAGUUGGCACGGGCUCGACUUGCGGGCGACCGCGCGUAUCUUGCGCCGGAGCCGGCGGGGAUUCCUCUAGAGCUGGUGCCGCUAGACGAGGAUGCCGAGUUCUGCGCGAAGGAGGCGCAGCGCGCGGAGCUCAAGGAGAGCGGGCAGACCGACCGGAGCGGCAUAGCGCUCAGGGAGACGGAGCUGAACGCGCGUGCCGUAGAGGUUGCGCAGCAGCUGAAGGAUGGCGAGCGUGGCAAGCUCCUGGCCGACUCGUACGAGGGCGUACCGACGUCGGAGCUGCCACUCGACACGGAUGCUGCUUUCCACGAGAUGGAGGUGGAGCGGUUGAGGCUGAAGGCAACAGAUACCCAACCUAACGGGGCAAAGAAUGGCAGCCUGGAUGCUGCGCUAAACCGCAGAGCAGCGGAGUUGGCGCGUAGCCUUCGCGUUGAGGACCUUUCCUCUGUUGAGGGCUCUCCCCUUGGUCUUGCGAAGGAGGUGCUGGAUUUGCACAGUGACAGUGUUGGUGCGGCGCUCAUCAAUGACUUGCGGAAACUUCGCAAGAAUCCUUUGGGCAACGCUGUUGUUCUCCGGGAGAAGGGAUCGGCGUUGAAUGACCGCGCCUUCGAGGUGGCGCGGAGGUUGCUGGCAGGCGAUCGAGCGAGCUACCUCGACCCCAGGCCGCGCAAUAUUCUGCUGGAGCAUAUUCCGCUUGAUGAAGACGAUGUGUUCCACGCCUUGGAGGUAGAGCGGAGCAUGAUGAAGGUUACUGACCCGGUGAACAGCGUCGCUGCUGUACGGAAGGCGGAGAACAUGCUGAAGGACCGCGCGUGCCAGCUGGCGGAGUUGGUGAUGAAGGAAGAUCUUGCCCAGUUCCCUUCCAACUACCAUGGCAUCUGCACGAAGGAUCUGAAGCCGCACUCCGAUCGCCUCUUCAGCGAGGCAGCCGAGAAGCGUCGCGCUGGCAUGCGCGACGGGACCGUCGCAUUUAAGGAGAACCUUGAUCAAAUCAUGGACAACCGUCUGAGCGAGCUUGCGCGGGAGCGGAAGGAAGGUGAGCUGUACUUCAUCGACCCCAACCCAGAGGGGGUGCCGCUGUCAGAGCUGCCGCUGAGCACCGACAAGGCCUUCAAUGACCUGCUGCAGGGUCGACAGGAGCUCAAGGAGAGCGACCCAAUGGAAAACCGGAAGGCCAUUGCUGGUCUAGAGGACGAGAUGAACAGCAGGGCGGCGGAGCUUGCUCGCAGUGUGCUGAACAGCGACUUGGACGGCUUGGACAAGCUUCCAUUGGGUAUUCCGCUGGACCUGUUAAAACCGCGCCAAGACGCUGGCGUGGUGCGGCUAAUCGAAGAGCUGCGGCGGUCGAAGCGCUUGCCACAGCUGAAGAACAAUGUCGUGGAUCUGCAGGCAAAGCUGAACGAGCGUUUACACGAGCUUGCCACGGCGGCGCUGGAAGAAGGGCGUGAUGCAUACCUCGACCCCCACCCUGAAGGGGUGCCGCGUGAGAUACUGCCUCUGCGUACUGACGCCGUGUUCCAAAAGGAGGUGCAGCGGGCAAUUCUGCGUCUGCAGGACCCCGUCAAGCACGCUGGUGCCAUAGCGCAUCUGGAGAGCGAGCUCAAGGCAUGCGUAAAAGAGUUGGCGCUUGCGCAGAAAGAGGAGGACCUGCGCGGUCUGGAUCAGCACCCGCACGACCUGCCGCUGACACUCCUGCAGCCGCACGAGGAUGCCCAGUUCGGGAAGAUGAUAGAUGAGCUGCGCUGGCUGAAGGCGUUGGAAGGCGAUCAGCACAUUGCGGUAAAGGAGGUGCAGUCUCGCAUGAACGACCGUUGCUACGCGAUGGCAGACGGUGUCAUGAAGGGCGACCGCUCUUACCUGCAUCCGAAGCCGGAGAAGGUGCCACUCAGGCGCCUGCCGCUCGACACGGAUGCCGCCCUCCACGCUCUUGAGGUGGAGCGUGCAAAGCUGAAGCUGACAGACCCCAGGAAGAACGAGCAAAAAAUCGCCGACUUGGAGAGUCAACUGAACAGCCGCGCAGCGGAGCUGGCCAGGGCUGUGAAGACGGCAGAUCUCAAGCCGCUGACGCAGACACCGCGCGGCAUCCCGUUGGAGCUACUGAACCUGCAUGAGGACCCCACGUUUAGUGCGUUGAUUGCGGAGAAGGAGCAGCUGCCCGAGGGUCACAGCGCAGAUUUGGCCGCCAGGCUGCUCAGCUCGAUGAACGAAUGCGCGAUGAAGGCAGCCGACAAGCUGCUCCGUGGCGACCGCGGCUACCUCGAUCAGGACCCGGAGGGACUGCCUCUUGGGCAUCUGCCUCUUGACACCGACACGGCCUUCCAUGAGAUGGAGGUGGAGCGGGCACUUCUAAAGGCGCGCGAUCCCGUGAAGAACUCCUCCACCAUAAAGGGCCUCGAGGUCCAACUAAACAAACGCGCGCACGAUCUGUCGAAUUUGGCACUCGCGAUGGAUCGUGGCUACCUCAGCCCGAGGCCGGAAGGUGUGUCGAUUGAGGAGCUGCCACUCUUCACGGACAGCAAGUUCCACUCGAUGGAGGUGGAGCGAGCGAAGUUGAAGAUGUCCCGUGCGGAUGGGAACGCGGAGCGCAUGCACGAGUUGGAGGGCUGCCUCAACAAACGCGCGGCGAGUCUGGCGAGGAAGCAGCUCGAGGAGGACCUGAAAGGACUGGACCAGGAACCUGAGGGCUACCCGCUCAACUUUCUGCGGCUUCACAGCGACGCGGUCUUUGCUGCGGAGGUGGUGUCGCUGCGACGGGCAAAGAAGGAGCCGCUGGUGAGUGCGGCGAAGGUGCGCGACGUGCAAGAGGCUCUGAAUGUACGCGCGCACGUGCUCGCGAGGGAGCGCAUUGCGGCGGACCGCGCUCGGCUGGACCAGGAACCUGAGAAUGUGCCGUUGUCACUGCUAGCGCUUGAGGAAGACGCGCUGUUUGUGGCGAUGGAAAUGGAGCUCCGAUCACUGAAAGCUUCUGACAAGCAGAACCCGAAGGCGAUCGCCGAGGCUGAGGGGCGGAUGAACGACCGUGUGCACGUGAUGGCGGCCAAGGUGAAGGCGGAGGGCCGCGACUUUCUUCGAAGCAAGUCGUUCGAUAUUCCGAAGGAGCUGCUGGCCCUGGACGCGGACAAGGCCUUUGUGGCCAAGGAGAAAGAGCUUUGGAAACAGAAGCAGCAGCCACACGCCCCUCACUCCUCCAGCGCCGCCGCCGACUUGCGCCGCGAGCUGCAGGCGCGGGCCGACGAGGUGGGUGAAGCGCAGCUGAAGAGUGACCGUGACAAGUACCUUGACAUGCAGCCCGAAGGUGUGGACCUGUGCGACAUCCCGCUCGACACCGACGAUGUUUACCACGGAAUGGAGGUCGAGCGGGCAAUCCUGCUGGCCCAAGACGCGACCGGGAGAAGGUCCGCAGUGGAGGAACUGGAGAAAGAGCUGAAUGCGCGCGCCCACGAGUUGGCGCACGAAAUUGUCGUGGGCGAUCGCGGUUACUUGCCGGAAGAGAUGCACGGCAUCCCUGUGGAGGAGCUGCCGCUGGACACGGACAGAAAGUUCAUGAAGCUGGAGCGGCAGCGCCGUGCGCACAAGCGCUCACCUGACAUGAACAAGGAAGUGGCGGCUGAUGAGGAGGAGCUACGCAAUCACGCACUGAAGUUGGCGGACGAGGUGAUUGCGAUGGAUUUGGAGUCCAUCAAGGCGUCCUACCGCGGCAUCGCGAAGGAGGAGCUUAACCUGCACGCUGACGUGGCGUUUCGCGAGCUCGCGAAGAAGCGCCGCCGGCAUCGUGGUAAGGGGCGAGUCGAGGCUGCGGAAGUGGCCGUCAUCGAGGACGAAAUGAACCGCCGCGCCUGUGAGAUUGCCGAUGACUUGAUCACAGCCGAGCGUGCCUUCCUCGACCCCCAGCCGGAGGGCAUGUACAUAAACGAGGUUCCACUCGAUGACGACCCGGCAUUCCAGAAGCUGGAACAGGAGUACCGCCGGCGCAGCAGGGACCCGCGCUCGGCGAAGCAGAACGGAGAUGUGCUUCGCGAGCUCACCAGCGCGAUGAACCAGCGCUCCCACACCCUCGCUCGGGCCGCCUUUGCGAAGACCCGCGGCUUCAUGGAGCAGGAGCAGGAGGGCAUCCCGUUGGCGGAGCUCGGCCUGGACGAGGAUCCGGAGUUCAAGGAGGCGGAAAUCGCGCGGUACCGCAUGAACCACAGCGCUUCUCCCAACGCGGCCACGGUGGCCGAGAUGGAAUUGCGCAUGAACGAAAGAGCGAGGGAGCUUGCGUGGGCAACACUGGCUGCCGACCGCGUCUUCCUGGACCCCAUGCCGGAAGGCGUGCUGCUGGAGGAGCUGCCGCUGGACUCGGACAAGGCGUUCGGCAACCUCGCAAGAGAGCGGCGCCGUCGCAAGAAAGCGCUGAAGGGAGGCAUCGGUGAGGCCGAAGUCAGGGCGAUCGAGGAGAAGAUGAACGCUCGUUCGCACGAGCUGGCGAAGGAGUUUCUAGAGGCGGAGCGGGCCUUUCUGUCACGAGAACCGGAAGGUGUGCCGCUGGCUGAUCUGCCCCUCAACGCCGACUCCCUGUUCCGCGCAAUGGAGGACGAGCGACUGCAGCUCAAACGCGAGCCUCUCAGUAACGCCGCGAUGAUAGCAGCGAAGGAGACAGAUUUGGAGCAUAGAGCGCACGUGAUUGCCAAGGAUCUGCUUCGCAAAGAGCGCGUGCUUCUAGAUCAGGAGCCCCUUGGCGUGCCGCUGGAGGAGCUGCCUCUGAAUCACGAUGAGAUCCUCAACCCUAUCGAGCGCAAGCGCCGAGAACUGCGGGCCCAUCCCAAACGCAACCACGAGGCCAUUCGCGCCUGCGAAGAGCAGAUGGUGGACCGCGUUGGGCAGAUCGCGGAGGAUUUUGUACAGAAGCAGCGGGCGUUUCUGGAUCAGAACCCGGAGGGGGUCCCGCUGCGCUACCUGCCCCUCAACACAGAUCGCGAGUUCCAUGAGAGGGAGCUGCAUCGCCGUAAGCUGCUCCAGCGCCCCGAAAAGAACCGUAGCGAGCUUGCCGACACGGAGCGGAAGAUGAACGAGCGUGUGCACGUGCUCGCCAAGGAUCUGGUCCUCAAGGGUCGCGCCUUCCUGCACGGGGAGCCGUGCGGCGUGCCUAUCGCAGAUGUUCCGUUAAACGAAGACGAGGACUUCCGCAAGAUGGAGGAGCAGCGCCGUGCCCUUAAAGAGGCGGGCCGUAGCGCUGCUUCCGUGAAGACGAUCGAGGAAAAACUGAACAAUCGCGCCGAGGAACUGGCGCAAAGACUGCUGGACGACGAGCGAGCCUUCAUGGACUGCGCUCCGCUCGGCAUUCCACUGCACGACCUGCCGCUCAACACGGACCGUCGAAUGCGCGAAAUCGAGCGAACGCGGCGGCAUCUUCGUAAGUUCGACCCGGAAGGCGGUGCGGUCGAUAUCGCAGUGCUGGAGACGGGCAUGAACGCUCGCGCGUAUGAGUUGGCCGAUCAGCUGCUGAGCAGCGACCGGGACUACCUGAAACCGGAGCCGUGUGGCGUGCCGCUAGCGGAUCUCCCGUUGCACACCGAUCGCAUCUUCCACGAAAAGGAGCUGGCGCGCUUCCGUGCGAAGAAGAAAGGUCAGACAGACCUCUUUCAGAUGGAGGAUGAGCUGAACGAGCGCGCCAAGGAGCUGGCGGCGGAAUUCAUUCAGACGGAGCGCGCGUACCUCGACCAGGAGCCGGAGGGCAUUCCACUUGAACGGCUGCCGUUGGAUACGGACCCGAUCUUUCAUAACAUUGAGCUGGAGCGGCGGCGUCUGAAGCGUAGCGGCGAGAACUCACUCCAGGUGCUGGAACUGGAGAGCCUGCUGAACCGUCGCGCGCAUGAGCUGUCGAUGGAGCUUCGAGGGUGGCAGGACCCGGAGUUCCACGCGGCCAAUGAGCACGUGGCGGAGCAGUGGGUGCGUGUGUGCGAUCUGUACCCCGAGGGCCGCUACGAGGACUUCGUGCCGGCAGUCCUGGCGCCGAAUGACGUCGUGUCCGCGCUGCAGGACAUGAGCUACCUUGUCCCGUUCAUUGCCGCUCUGUCGCUGCACCCGGUGCUGCUGCAGCGUCUCAUAGUUACGAAGGAGGCCCCAGUCAACGCACCUUACACGUUCAUCUUCUUCGAUCCCCAGGGCAAUCCCGUGUACAUCGAUGUCGACGACCGCGUGCCGUGCGACGACAAGUCGGAGCCGAAGUUCGCGCAGUCGCCAUACAACCUAUGGUACCCGCUGUUGCUGGAGAAGGCUUACGCCAAGUUCGUUGGCGGCUACGACCAGCUCGUCAACUGUACCCCUCUGGAGACGCUGCGUGACCUGACGGGUCGCCCUGUGACGCACACCCCUUUCAAACGGAAGCUGGCGGCGGCUGGCAACCUCGACAACUAUACGUCCGUGGACUUCUGGCUAGGCGUGAAAGAGGGUAUGGCGCGCGGUGACGUGGUCGUAUGCUCGUCGAACGCUGAGGUACCGAAUGGCAUUCACCCCCACUGCAGCUACGCGCUCGUCGACGUUGUCAUCACAUUGGAGGGCUCCGUGAACCCGUCCGACGUUGUCAUCAAGCUGGAGAACUCGUAUUGCAAAGAUGAGCCGGUCUACACCGGUCCACUCUGCCACACGGACGUGAACUGGAGCCUGGCGCUGCAGCGCGUAUGCCAGUACGACCCGGAGAGGGACGACGUGCUCUACCUGCCCCUGCCCACGUUUCUGCGCAACUUCUCGAGCAUGCAGACGUGCCACACCAACUGCGGCGACCGGCUUACGGCGGAGGGCACGUGGAACAGCCGCACAAGCGGCGGUAGCGCCAUCUUCACGACCUUCCGCAAUAACCCCAUCUUCAUCCUUCAGAACAGCAGCUCUCGUCCAGCGAGCGUUCUAGCAGAGCUUCGCCACGCGGCGCCACAGUUCGUCGAUCCUGAAGGACGCAGGCACUACCCACAGUCGGGUAUUGUCCUCAUGGAGCCCACGUCUUCGACAGCCCCGCUGACGCCCUUGAUCACAAACAGCACGGCCCGCUUCCUGCAUAAGAGCAUUAUUCUCGACGCGCGUGAGGUGUGUUGCGUGAUGGAGGUGCCUGCACGCAGCACGUGCCUUUUCAUUCCCUACACAGCUAAGGCAGGCCAGCACGGCGCCUUCUACGUCUCUGUCUACCCAGGAUCGGCGAAGGUCACGCUCGCCCCGCUUCACUACUGCGGACUCUCGCGAGAGCCGAGGAGCACCGCUGUGACGCUGACACCCGGCACAGAGGGUCAGCGAGUGGACUUCACGAUCAGCAGCGCUUGCGAUGUGCAUGUGCUGCUGCGCCAGGAGAAGAUGACAGACCGAAUGGGUGCGAUCAAGGGCGAUGCUAUUGCCGAAGAUGACGUGAUGAUGGUGGCGUUCAACGAGCAGGCAACGAAGCUCACCUCCUCCGGCGAUCCGACAAACGCGCGCGAGCACUCACUUGUGUUCAGGGCGGAGAAGCCGGGCUACUAUUCGCUUCUCCUUAUAUCGCCUAAUCAACCUGUUUCUGGCGACAACCCGUGCACCGUGAGCAUCUUCACCCCGAAGCAGGUAAUGGUAAGGUUUGUUGCUCCUCCUGCCGGGGCACGGCAGCUGCAACACGCCCGCUUCCCGAAACUGCCACAAAAACGCGCUGCGGCCUCGGGUGGUAACAGCUCGCGUCAGCCGCGAGGGGCCUCCACGGCGUGUCAGUCGCAGCAGCGGCAGCAUGAUGAGAAGCUGCCGCCACUGCGCGGAAACGGUGCCAGUACCCUGAAUUCCGGUCGCGUCUCGGGCGGCGACAGGUUUACUUGCAGUUUUUAA